CACAUCCCCUCUAGCUAUUAGCCUAUACUCUAGUUUGAUUCAAAUAAUAUUUCUACAUAUUUGCAGGAUCAAUUUAAUGAAUUUGUGACUUGGCUAUUUUCUUGUUUAGAUAAUGUAGUGAAUAAGUGACACAAAUUUUUUGGUUGCGUACUUGAAUAUGAUCUUUAGUUUACCAAACCAAAUACUUGCCAGAAAAAUAACAAAUGCAAGUAAUGGACUAGGUAGCUGUGAGGGUUGACAAGCUAAGGAUUUCAUGAACUGAUCUUGUAAAGGACAAGGUUUUAAAACAAGAUUUUAGAUUUAUAAAAGACUUGCCUGAAAAACUGGAAUUAUGACUAGAAUAGUCUCAGUAACUGGAUUUAUGACAGGAUCUGAUUCAAAAACUGGAUUUGUCUAGGAAUCAAUUUGGCUUCCAUUUCUGUUACUGUGAGCAAUUCAAAGAACCCUAAUUCAGCACAAACAAGUUCACAUGACUGGUAACGAGUUUCGCUUCUUCUUGUCUUGCGAUAUCAAUCUUCCUGUUACCUUCCGCGUGGAGCGCCUUGAAGGCAAUUUGCCACUUCCCAAGUUCCCUACUUCAGAAGAUAAUACUCCAACGGAGAAUAGAACGGCAGAGUUGUAUGUGGAGUGUGCAUUGUACAUUGAUGGUGCACCAUUUGGCCUUCCCACAAGAACAAGGUUGGAAUCCACAGGACCAUCAUAUUGUUGGAAUGAGCUCAUCACAUUGACAACAAAGUACCGAGACUUAACUGCUCAGUCACAACUCACUUUUACUGUUUGGGAUCUUUCAGAUGGUGAAGGAUUGAUAGGAGGAGCCACAAUUCUUCUCUUCAACAGCAAAAAGCAGCUUAAAACUGGAAAGCAAAAGCUUAGACUUUGGCUAGGAAAAGAAGCAGAUGGAAUAGUCCCUACCAGUACACCUGGAAAGGUCCCAAGGCAUGAACGGGGGGAGUUGGAACGAUUGGAAAAACUUAUAAAUAAGUAUGAGCGAGGUCAAAUUCAACGAGUGGACUGGCUGGAUCGUCUCACGUUUAGAACUAUGGAGAAAAUCAAGGGACGUGAAAGCUUGAAGAACGGAAGUUCUCAUUUAUACCUGGUUGUAGACUUCUGUAGUUUUGAGCAUCGAGUUGUUUUUCAGGAAUCGGGUGCAAAUUUUUUGCUGCCAUCCCCUAUGGCUUCAACAAAUGACAUUGUUAUUGUAUGGGACCCAGAAGUGGGAAAGAUAAAUCCUUCUGAGCACAAACAGUUAAAGCUGGCCAGGAGUUUGACUCGUGGUGUCAUAGACCGAGAUCUGAAGCCUAGCUCAAAUGAAAGAAAGUCCAUUCAGAGAAUUCUAAAAUAUCCACCAACAAGAACUUUGAGUGGAGAUGAGAGGCAGCUCUUGUGGAAAUUUCGCUUCUCUUUGAUGUCUGAAAAGAGGGCUCUUACAAAAUUCUUGCGUUGUGUUGAAUGGAGUGAUGUUCAGGAAGCAAAACAAGCAAUAGAAUUGAUGGGCAAGUGGGAAAUGAUUGACGUUUGUGAUGCACUGGAACUGUUGUCUCCUGUGUUUGAAAGUGAAGAGGUCCGUGCUUAUGCGGUUAGUGUUCUUGAAAGAGCUGAUGAUGAGGAGCUUCAGUGUUACUUACUUCAAUUGGUUCAGGCUCUUCGAUUUGAGCGUUCUGACAAAUCUCGCCUUUCUCAUUUCCUUGUCCAGCGUGCAUUACGCAAUAUUGAAUUGGCAAGCUUUCUUCGCUGGUAUGUGGCUGUUGAACUUUAUGAUCCUACAUAUGCCAAACGAUUUUACUGCACUUACGAGAUUCUGGAGGAGAAUAUGAUGAAGAUGGCAGCUGGUGUGAAUGGAGAGGAAGAUGGGUUUAAACAGUGGCAGAGUUUGGUACGCCAGACAGAGUUGACUGCUCAGUUGUGUUCAAUCACCAGAGAUGUAAGGAACGUUCGUGGUAAUACACAGAAGAAGAUUGAAAAGCUUAGGCAACUACUUUCUGGUCUUCUAAGUGAGCUUACCUAUUUUGAUGAGCCAAUACGAUCACCUCUGGCACCAGGUGUUCUCAUUACUGGGAUUGUACCCUCGGAGUCAUCCAUAUUUAAAAGUGCAUUGCAUCCUUUGCGCCUAACUUUUAGAACAGCAAAUGGUGGAACUUGUAAAAUCAUAUUUAAAAAGGGUGAUGAUAUUCGGCAAGAUCAGUUGGUUGUUCAAAUGGUAUCACUAAUGGAUCGAUUGCUCAAGUUAGAAAAUCUUGAUCUGCACCUAACACCAUACAAGGUGCUAGCAACUGGACAAGAUGAAGGAAUGUUGGAAUUUAUUCCAUCCCGUUCAUUGGCGCAGAUUCUAUCAGAGCACCGUAGCAUUGUAAGCUAUUUGCAAAAGUUUCAUUCUGAUGAUCAUGGACCUUUUGGAAUUACAGCCACCUGCCUUGAAACGUUUAUAAAAAGCUGUGCUGGCUACUCUGUUAUCACAUAUAUACUUGGUAUUGGAGACAGACACUUAGACAAUCUCCUCCUUAGAGAUGAUGGACGUCUUUUCCAUGUUGACUUUGGUUUUAUUCUUGGACGAGAUCCUAAGCCAUUUCCACCACCAAUGAAACUUUGCAAGGAAAUGGUUGAGGCUAUGGGUGGAGCUGAAAGCCAAUAUUAUACAAGGUUCAAGUCCUAUUGUUGUGAAGCAUACAACAUUCUUCGGAAAUCAAGUAACCUAAUUUUAAAUCUAUUUUAUUUAAUGGCGGGUUCCAAUAUUCCUGACAUAGCUUCUGAUCCUGAAAAGGGGAUUCUUAAGCUUCAGGAAAAGUUUCGGUUGGACUUGGAUGAUGAAGCCAGUAUACAUUUCUUCCAGGAUCUUAUCAAUGAGAGUGUGAGUGCAUUAUUCCCUCAGAUGGUUGAGACCAUCCAUCGUUGGGCUCAAUAUUGGCGAUAACCCCAAUGUUUUUUUGGGUGUUAUUACACAAAUUAAUUAACCAGGCUUGUGAAGUAGCAUGCGGUUGUCUUCUCUUGGAACUCCAUAAUCAGAGUGAGACCCGACUGCUUCUGUGCAGUCGGCUGUAUGCAGUUGUAAUUUCAAAACUAGUGCUAUAAUGAAGGCAGCGAGGUUUUAAACAACUGUGUAAAUAAAUUAGUUCUUUUUCAUUUUUCUGGUUAUGGUCCUAUCAAGGCGGCAGCAUAACUUAAAAUUUCUUUAUCAUGCGCUAACUAAUGGUCAUUUAGGCUAAACUAGGCCUUUUGUUAUUUGAAAAGAAGUCCUCUUACAUGCUCAUAAUCUGCAGUUAGAUGUAAAUCUGGUGUAAAUAACUUUGACAAUGAUGC